AUGAAGCUCCAUUUCCUUGCUUCCUUCUUUUCUCUUGCGACUUCUCUCGUAGCAGCGCAGACAUACCCCAAUCCGAUCGCCGGAAGUGAAAAUAUUUCCGUCCGCGAUCCUGCCAUCUGGUACAACUCAGCUACUGGGAAAUAUUAUGUUUUCGCCACUGGGGGACUUAUCACCACCUACACCAGUACCUCUCUCAACGGACCAUGGACGAAUGCGGGAAAGGCUCUUUCCGCCUGCGCCAACGUUAACAGCCCGGGUAAUUGCGACCUCUGGGCACCCGAUAUUAACUACUUUGACGGGCAAUAUGUGCUGUACUACUCCGCUUCUACACUUUCAAGCCAAAUCUCGGUGAUUGGUGUCGCUACAAGUCCUUCCAUGGAGCCUGGUACAUGGACGGAUCAUGGCGAGGUCAUAAGCUCUACGACCGGAGAUGUCUACAACGCUAUCGACGCGAACCUCAUCAUCACCAAUGGUGGUCUGCAACUUUCCUUCGGAAGUUGGCAACAAGGAAUCUAUCAGAUUGGGCUUUGGCCCGACGUAGAGACGCAAGCCUCCGCUCUCCCCGGAACGCACCUUGCUGGUGCCAACCAUCGCCCAGCUGAGGGUGGCUUCGACUACAAGCCCCCUAGCUCAGACUUAUGGUUCUUCUUCUUUUCUGACGGUAUUACACCUCUCCAAGGUGAUACUACUCGUCCGGCCGCGGGAGACGAGUACAAGGUCCGCGUCGGGCGCGGUUCCUCCAGCCAGGGUCCCUUCUACGGAGGAGCUGGAAAUGAGUUGACUGAGGACCUUAACCCACCGACUGGUAAUAUUAUCUUGGCGUCGCAUGACAACAUUUAUGCUCCAGGCGGCCAGAGCAUCUUCCAUGACCCAGUCAGUGGUAGGGAUGUCAUGGUCUACCACUACGUCCGUGAGAGCGAGGUCGGCGGCGCGUCGUACCUCGGCAUCAACUACCUCGACUUCUCGUCUGGGUGGCCCGUCGUUGUCAACUAG